AUGGGAUCAAGUAUGGGGAAAUGUUCCUAUGGUGACGAUCCAUACUACAAGCGGAGACGAAAGACAGAGAUAGGCGACAACUUUUCAAAAGAGUACUCAGAAUACUGGCGAUGUCCUCCGCGGAAAAAGACUUCCGAUACGUUUGUUAUCGAGAGAAACGAGUACACUUUCUCAAAUAGUGCAAUGUGUGAGUGUUAUCAG